AUGGAACAAGAAAAGCUGAGUGUGCUAAUCAAUGAAGCGUCAAUCAAAUUACAAGAGCCUAUAACCAGUUCUGAAUCAUUAAAUCUUUGGAAAGUAAAGAUGUUCACUUUGAUUAAUGAAAUUGCUGCAUUGAAACUAGCUACCAAAUUAUUACCAUGUGAAAGUAUUGCAUCUCUAGAUCCUUCUGAUUGGACACUUACCCAAUCCGUAGCCCAUGAAAUGCUCGACUUAUCAUUGGAACACAUUCGAUUUGUACGAAAUCGACCCAUUUGGCAACCAGUUCCCGAACAUAUUCGUGUAGCGCUUGAAGAUGAGCCCUUUCCUCAACAUGGUCAAUCGCUACUCGAUGUUUGCGAUGCGGUCACCAAAUAUAUUAUGCCAUACUCCAGAGGCAAAGAUGCUAUUCACAAAUGA